AUGUGGAACUCCAACUUCUUACUAAACGAUUUUCAUUUCGAGAGUCUUCCAUUUUACGGGAAUUUCGCUCGACACUACUCAAUUUCAUCGCUCUCUCUUCCCAACAAAUUCACUGCGCCUUUUUCUUCUUCCUCGUCUUCCAUUCAAGCCGGAUUUGAAGUUCUUUCUCUUCCUUUCCAAGCGCCUUCCACACAAGAUAAUCAAACCUACAUGGUGCAUAAUCGUGAAGCAUUAUUGUAUGACAUGUCACUCAAAGUGUGUGAUAACAAGUACAAGCUGUUUUUUAAUUGUGUCACUACUAUCACAACCGUGGACAUCCCUACCAUACUAGUACAUUGCCUCCAUUUCAAGCCCUUUGUUGAUUUCUUACAAGGACAUUUUAUUGUUGAUCGCCUAUACGAUGUGAUAGGUGUUGUCCAACAAGUUGUUAGGACUCAAGUUGCAGGAGCUGAAAAACAAGUUGUUAGGACUCAAGUCGCAGGAGCUGAAAAAAAAGUGGGACAUAGAUUAAUCUAA